AUGACGCGCCCUCCGCAGCUGCCGCUUCCGCAGCCCCUGGUGCUGCUCGCGCUGGUGGUGACGGCGAUGGCGGUGUUGGCGACCGGAACCGCAGCCGCCAGCGCCGUGCCGGCCCACGAGCGCUGCCUGCCCGGCCGGCUGGCUGUCUACCGGCUGGUGCUGCACACGCACUGGACGCGGGCGCGCUUCCCCAGGCACUACCCCGAGUGGCGCCCUCCCGCGCAGUUCUCUCCCCUCGUCGGUCGCACGCACAGCCGCGACUUCCGGCUGUUCCGCGAAGGCGAGCCGGCCAGCGCCGGCCUGCAGGUGUUCGCCGAGACGGGCCGCUGGGACGGCCUGCCUGCGGGCAGCGGCGUGCUGGACGCCUUCGACGCACCGGCCGUGGCGAGCGGCCAGGGCGACACCUCAGCCUCCUGCUUCGUCGACGGCAACCACACUCUGCUGUCCGUGGUGGUUCGCCUCAUUCCGUCACCGGACUGGUUUGUUGGACUGGACAGCCUUCCACUCUGCAAGCAUGGCAAAUGGAUUGACUCGCUCUCAAUAGACCUGCCGCUGCUGGACGCCGGCACGGACGACGGGAUGACGUUCACGGCGCCCAACUGGCCGAGCGACCCGGCCCACCCCGUGUCUCGCAUCACGUCCCGGGAGCCGUCGCACCCCGGCGCCUCCUUCCACUACCCUCACCUCGACCAGCUGCCCGCCAUCGCAACACUGCAUCUUCGUAGGGAGCGGGUGUACAGGCAGAUGGGCUCGGUCGCCAGAAGGCGCCCCGUCGUGCAGCAGCAACAACCGCAGCCGCAGCAUCAGCCGCAAGCGCAGCCCGAAGAGGUGCCGAGCGUGACGCUGCCUCUCGGCCGUGACGUCAGCAACGAGGUGGUGUCCGCCGCCGUCGCCGUCCACACGCGGCGCUUCCGUCGCCGCCGCCGCAGGCUGCACAAGGGCACCGCUGCCGGUGGGCAGCACGGCGUGAGGCGGCUGGCGGCAUCGCGCUGCGUGGUCGGCGAGUGGAGCGAGUGGUCCGACUGCAGCGCCUCUUGCGGAGCCGGCGAGUCGCGCAGGAGCCGCGCCGUGUUGAGGACGGGCGCUCGGCCGUGUCCGGCGCUGUCCGAGGCGCGGCCGUGCGCCGGCGUCGCCGCCUGCACGCGCCGCUUCUUCUCCUGGUGACGGGCCGCCCCCGCCCUCAAAUCUCCCACCGACCACUGCCACCGCUGGCGUCACACCUCACCGUGGCCGGCCGAUUUACUGCAAACGAGGCACAGGCUGGAGAACGCCCGCUGCUGACACGGGCGCUAGUCUUCUGUUUUUCCGUAACUGCAGUCGAGGCAGUCUUCUUACUUCAUAGACCAACUCUACUGUGGCUGUUUACUACUACGUCAUCCCAACGCACGUUUUACAGAAAUCAUUUAGAAUUUCAUUUCGCCACGUUCCUUUUUCGUUGUCAGGAUGAAAUUGAUGAGGAUAGCAAGCAUCGUGAAUAGAAAUAAGGAAGAUAACUGUAUAGCUAUUUAACUACACUAAUUACAGACACGCUGGAACCAGGCACAUUUUGCAUCACACCGUUUAUGGUCUUGAUCAAAAGCGAGUUGAAUAACACUUCACUUCAGUAACCGGGGUCACGUGGUACAAGGACGUGACACACACCUGUCGUACGUCGUGUCACAGCCCCAACGAACAAAUACCACAAAAAGUAGUGAAAGGAUUUGUUCCUGUCCACCAUUUCUAGUUAUUUUUCUAAAUCGUUAUUACAAGAUACAAUCGAUGUUGAAAAUAUAACUUACCUGUUCAUCGAAAGAAGUCGGUGAUUCUCGCGAUUAGAGCAGAUCUUUGCAUACACGUUUCCUGUCAAAAUUAUAAAUAAUUAUAAAAAAUUGCAAUGUUGAAUAGAUCACUAAGUGCACUUAAUGUCUCCUUCGCUCUCUCUCUCUCUCUCUCUCUCUCUCUCCUUCUUCUCUCGUCACUCUCUUCAUCGCAGCCACUAAACUAGUUUUUCACACUACCUCAGGUGGCCGCCAAUCACUUGACAAUGGUCUUUAAGGAUACAACUGAUUGGACUUGGUCCACAAAUACAUUUUAAAUUUUCCCAGAAGUGUGAUCAUGGCUUUUAAAAUUCAACAUUUCCAAACAUGUUGCUAAAUUGCCGUGCCAGUACUUCAGACUUGUCAAAAGAAGAACGAAACCAUGCGAGUGGCUGUCUACUUCCUGUGUUUUAUUUAUCAGUGCUAAGACGAAAAUGUAUUUCGUCUCCUCCUGCGCAAGAGCGUGGGAUAUAUUUCUUGCUAUAUAAGACUGGCUAAAAGCUUCUAAUUAAUUUUAGCUGAAGUGUUGUAUUGUGCAUUUCAUCGCGUGCAGUUUUGAAUCAGUAUGAAGUUUUUUCGAAGAAGUGGGCAAUAUAUCACUCUGUAAUAACUGAGGCGGCUCUAUGAACACGACAAAAUACUCUUGCCAAAAUGUAAGCGGCUCCUUAUACAUUAAAUGGUAUCAAAAAAAGAUAAAAGCUUUCGAAAUGCACUUCUAAAAAAAUGCGAAGGUUUUUUCACACCCGGAGCUGGUUCCUAAAGUACUUUUGAAGGUGGUCGCGGGGUACAUACCAUGAAAUUACGUGACCCUUCCUCGUAUGCUAUGGAUUCUUAGAAAUCUACAUCUACUUAUAUACUUCGCAUGACAAGGUACAGCGUAUCGUGAAGAGUGUAUCGUGUCAGUAUUGCAGAUUUUCUUUCCUACUUCAUUCUCUUUCUAUGGAAAAUGAGGAUGCUCCAGUGAACAAUUUGAGGUAGGGUAUUUCGAGUCGGAGAAGCAAGGUUAAGGAGGAUUAGUUACAGUUAACAGCAAAUACCAUCAUUUACACAAUGAACGUACCAUUUGUAAUGCAUCUUACAAAAUGUGCUGAAACUGACGGCCAUCAACCUCAAUGCGAGCAUGACAUCGGCGAACAAGGUUCUGACUCACCAUGACCAAUGUCCAUCAUAUGUUUCGAAUCACACCACAGGCUGCUACAAUUCUGGUAACUAAUUUAUCCUAUGGGGUCUCAUACACAAGUGACUUUAGAUAUCCCCAUAGGAAAUAAUGAAGGGGAUUCGGGUCAGGUGACCUCGUAGGCCAUGGAAUAAGACCUCCCCUUCCAGCCCAACGACCAGGAAAUGCAACAUUGAGAUGGUUGCGGACAUCCACACUGAAGUGAGGCGGUGCAUCGUCAUGUUGUAUCCACAACCUCUCACGAACAUCCAAGGGUACGUUCUCCAACAAGUCAGGUAGAACCCUUUACACGAAACUAAAAUAUAGGUGGACAUUCAGAUGGCAUCAUGACGUCCUAGUAAUCAGAUUCGUCCUCCUUGUUUCUUUGCAGGAAAUAAAGAAUGUACAUGUAGAUAAAACGUACAGUUCGUGUAAAAUUGUACGCAUGUUAAUUGUAAGUGGAAGACGGGAAUACUAGACAAAGCGGCAGACAAGUUUACUUCAAUAUCUCCUUCAGUUGGAUUCUCUUACCCCAGGUUCCCUAUCUCAAAUUGUUCAGUGGAGCAUUCUCUAUGUCCUGUUGCGUUUUUGAACGCUCUAAGGGGAACAUUCUGUGUAUCUCUGUACGCACUAAUCCGUCUUAUGAUCCCCACCAGAUAUUACCAUAGUAUCGGCAUAAUAGUAGCCCCGUUCUCUUCAAAUACAAGCUCUCUAAAUUUAGUUAACAAGAUUUCCCACGACCUGCUUCGUCCUCCAAGAACUACAAGUUUCCCGAGCAUUUCUAUUGCACUAACGUAUGGGCUACCGCCUUGUUACAAAAGUAGCAACGCAUCUAUGAAUUAGUUUUGUGCCUGCUGCCAUGCCUACUUCACAGUUUGUCCAAGUCUUUCUGCAGUUCCUUCUGAUCGUCUAUCGGAGGUCCUUUCAUGUAUACAACAGCGAAAAAUCUUACAGUGCUGCUGUUCGUCCCUGAUAAAUCGUUUACGUGUAUUGAAAACAUCAGAGGUGCUAUUAGGCUUCCUUGGGUCACAUCCUAUAAUACAUCCCUUUUUGCGGAACACCCGCCGUCAAGUAUUACGUGUUGAGUUCUAUCAGUCAGAAAUUCCUCAAGACAGUCAUAUGUAUAAGUAAUGUUAAUUUCGAGAGCAAGUGCUCCUAACACAUAAAGGAAAUGUAUUUGCAAUUGCGAAGAUGAAUCACCAUCUACUGUAUAUUAGAAUGACGAUAAUGGAAAAUUUGUGCCCUACCGGGACCUGAACCCGGCCUUAACAGGUUCGGCUAUCCGUGAACGAAUCAUGGUCAGAUCCAAACUUCCACAUGUCAUGGUCCUUCUGUCACAACCUUCACUCUUACGUUACGUAUAUUCCCGACCAGGAAGGAUAUAUUUACUGAGAGUCGAGUGCCUGGUAUUUCGUAGCUACUAAAAAAAAGAGGAUCAUAUAGAUGCUUAAUGACUAUAAACGGCAAAGUGGUUUCUCCAGUAAACAGUUGAUUUCCUAAGACGUUCCGCCUUGGCGUGAUUAUCUCUUGAACAACACAUUGGUUAGAGGCGACAUCCAGGACCGCUUGAUGGAUCUGACACACGUCGGUCAAGGGCCAGCUUCCUCUCGCCGCAAUCUCCGACAGUGGGCGAAGCGCGGCUGCGUUAAGUUAAUUGUCCUUGCUCCGGACUCGAGUGGAUCACAUUUCCUCUGACGUUUUCGCCGUUGUCGUUUAGAAGCGUCGUCUGCAGCUGGCGGAAGCUGUGCCAGAAAUGACAGGCAGUUUAGAGGGAAGGUCGCGACGUGCGGAGGAGCGGGCCACAGAACGAGUGCUUGUUACACAACCUGUCGCCCGGGCCUGACAGCCUUAAUUGUGCCGUAAACAUGGAAGCUCAUCGUCAUGCCACUGAAAUAAAAAACACAGUCUGUGUUGUGACUGCCCAGCCGUUAGUGUCUCGAGAGCUCAUUGCAGGCGACGACCUACAGCUGUUCUACACUUUUAUGAUACCACAGAAACCGUGGCACGCAUGUCAGCUUGCAUACGUAAUGACCAGCAACACGAAACAGCAGGUUGGACGC